AUGGAAAACGUUACUGAGCAAGUUAUUUCGAACGCCACGAGUACAUCCGUGCCAUCUGCCCUCCUAGCAUUCGUUGAGGCCACCCCAUGGAUUAGUUAUCAGGUUCCAUCUGUCGAACAUCCAUUUGGUUUGGAACUAUGGCCAAUCUUUUCCAAGGCUUUUGAAUGUAUUGCCGGUUAUCCAGCCGAUGAGUUCAGAUUCAUUCAUAAUGAAACUUUCUUAGCUAAUGGAUGCCACGCUAUUGGUAUAAUUAUUGCCUAUUAUAUCAUCAUCUUUGGUGGCCAAAAGUUACUACGUACUUUGAAUGCCAAGCCAAUUACCUUUACCCUCCUUUUCCAAUUGCACAAUUUGUUUUUAACUAGUGCAUCUUUGACAUUAUUGCUAUUGAUGGCCGAACAAGUUAUUCCAAUGGUUCACAAAAAUGGGUUAUUAUGGUCUAUCUGUUCUCCAGAUGCUUUUGCUCCAAAAUUGAUUACUUUGUACUACCUAAAUUAUUUGACUAAAUUUGUUGAGUUAUUGGAUACUGUCUUUUUAGUUUUGAAAAGAAAGAAUUUGUUGUUCCUACAUACCUACCACCAUGGUGCUACUGCUUUGUUAUGUUACACUCAAUUGAUGGGUCAUACCUCAAUUGAAUGGGUUGUCAUUUCUUUGAACUUAGGUGUCCAUGUUGUCAUGUACUGGUAUUAUUUCUUAAGUUCCUGUCAUAUCAGAGUCUGGUGGAAGCAAUGGGUCACCAGAUUCCAAAUUAUUCAAUUCUUGAUCGAUUUGGUCUUUGUCUACUUUGCCACUUAUACCUACUACGCUCACAAAUACUUCGAUGGUAUUUUACCACAUAAGGGUACUUGUUACGGUGGUGAAGGUGCCGCUGCUUACGGUUAUUUGAUCUUGACUUCUUAUCUAUUCUUAUUCAUCUCAUUCUAUGUUUCUUCUUACAAGAAGGGAUCCAGAAAGAGUAAGGCUGCCAAGAAUGAAGCCGCUGACAAGAAGGUAGAUGAAUCUUCCACCUCAUCUGGUGCUAAGAAGAAUGUUACCAAGGCCACAUCAAGAAAAGCCUAA